CGCCGUGCCGGAGCCCCCUGGCCCUGAGCGCCCCGCGGGCCCACUCCCGCACUCCGGCCUCGGCACUCCCACAGCCGCCGCCCCCCACCCGGAACAUGGACUCCGACUCCUGCGCCGCCGCCUUCCACCCCGAGGAGUACUCCCCCAGUUGCAAGAGGCGCAGGACUGUUGAGGACUUCAACAAAUUCUGCACCUUCGUGUUGGCCUAUGCUGGCUACAUCCCCUAUCCGAAGGAGGAGCUCCCCCUGCGGAGCAGCCCUAGCCCCGCCAACAGUACUGCGGGCACCAUUGACAGUGACGGCUGGGACGCUGGCUUCUCCGACAUCUCGUCUCCAGUGCCCCUGCCAGUGUCUGACCGAUGCUUCAGCCACCUGCAGCCCUCCCUCUUGCAGCGAGCGAAGCCCAGUAACUUCCUGCUGGACAGGAAGAAAACUGACAAGCUGAAGAAGAAGAAGAAGAGGAAGCGAAGGGACAGCGACGCGCCUGCGAAGGAGGGGUUCAGGGGGGACCUGCUGAAGCUGGAAGCGGCAGAUCCGUAUGUGGAGACGCCCACGAGUCCCCCCAUGCAGGGUAUUCCCCAGGCCUCUGCUGACCCCUGCUCAGGCUGGGACUCUGACACUCCCUCAAGUGGUUCUUGUGCUACUGUGUCACCCGAUCAGGUCAAGGAAAUAAAAACUGAAGGAAAACGGACUAUUGUCCGGCAGGGAAAGCAGGUGGUGUUCCGAGAUGAAGACAGCACUGGCAACGAUGAGGACAUCAUGGUGGACUCAGAUGACGACUCCUGGGAUCUCGUCACCUGUUUCUGCAUGAAGCCCUUUGCUGGUCGCCCCAUGAUAGAGUGUAAUGAGUGCCACACCUGGAUCCACCUGUCCUGUGCGAAGAUCCGGAAGUCCAAUGUUCCAGAAGUGUUUGUCUGCCAAAAGUGCCGGGACUCUAAGUUCGAUAUCCGUCGUUCCAAUCGCUCCCGAAUGGGCUCCCGGAAGCUGUUUCUGGACUGAUUGGGAGCUGGCGAGGAGAUAGGCGGGACUGGAAGGGCCUGGGCUCUGUGGCCUUCCUUAGUUGGACACAGAACUCCCAGUCUGGUGCGAGCAGACCCUGCCACUCAGGUGCCUAAGCAAAGGACGAGCCGUCCCGGUAGAACUGUACAUAGCUAGCGAGCAGAUAAAACGGUCAGAGCCGCUGCUCCGGCUGUGCUGUGUGCGUUGGAGGCAGACUGAGCCCCAGGUCUGCUUCAGCUGAGUGUGAGGGCGCACCGGCACUGGCAGCCACUCCUGCCGCUGGAGCCGGUGCUCGCUGGCAGUCCUGUCUCCUCUGCUUGCAGUGGAGUUGUUCUGUUUCUCUGGCCUGUGUUUAUUCUCCAGUGUUGGUCUUUAUCACAAGUGUCUAUACAGCAGCCGUCCAAGUUGCCCGCCCCUUUGUGGUCUCACUGCCCCUGCCUCAGUUAUACUUACUGGGCCAGGGAGCUGUUUCCUGAGAGGUCUAGUAUCCCCAAGAGGAGCCCUGGGUGGUGGGUGAGCUGUCUUUGGUUGUCACUGUUUGUUAAAAGGGACAGUAUGUAGCCACUUUCCACAGUGUGGGGUUUGGAGGCGAAGGUGUUCUGUGUUCAUAACUCAGUUUCUUGUUUUGCACGGUGUAAAAAGCCCCAUUUUUUUUUUUUUAAUCUUUUACACGAUACAGCCCAAAAUGUUGGCCACUGUCUUGUUGGGUGCCUUUGCUCUGCUCUUGGUGCUCAGUGCCCAGGGUGCCCGGCACCAUCCUGUGGGAGCACUUGGUUCUUUCUGUUUUUUUGCAGCCCACAGAAGCGGCUGCUGGGGGACCUGUGUGCUGUUCUUCAGAUAGUAGGUAGAAUGUGAGGACAUUUGGCUGAGACUGCCCUCUACACAAGCUGGCAUGGCCUGCUGAGGGCUUGAGUCGGUGCUGUGACAGCUUGCAGCAGUGUGCACUCUGGGUGUGGGUGAGGGGCAGCCGGGCACUUGGGACACUUGUCCUAGGGCCGGGAGGGAGGAGGGAGCUCUGGCUCUCAGGUCCUCUUCUCUUGUUAGCACUUACAACUGUCUGUUCUCAGCAGUGUUGGGCAGAACAAUGGGUAUGUUUGCUAAGUUUUUUGUUAGGCGUUAGACAGGGAAGAGUGCCUGGGUGGGUCCCAGGUCAGCCUUCCUGCAGCACCUCCAAAGGGUCACCAAGCAUUCUCCCAUGUUAUUUUAUGCACCAAAGGAGCUCAGACUGUAAUCUGGCUAAACAGCCCUUUUUUCUUUUCUUUUUUUUGUCUUAGUGUCUUUUUAAAUAUCAAGAACUUAAACUUGUCCAGUUUAAGUAAUUUAGUUUUUUUUUUUAAUCCUGUUGCUCAUGUUAAAGUAGAGAAGUACUUAUACUGCUGAAGCUCAGUUGGUCGUGCAGAUCUCAAGGGAGAACUGCUGUAAAGAAGGAGCUAUUCCAGAAAGUCUUGUCCCAGGCCCUGGUCUGGCUGGGACUAGAGCAAAUGCCCAGGACAAGUUAGAGGAAUUUGCCAAAGACCUGCCCCAUGACAGUGCUUGUCCAGUGUCUUCGCCCUGAGAGUAACCAAAGUUCCAGUAGUUCUUUUUUUUUUUUUAAGUGCAUUUAAGACUAUAUGUGGUUUUGUUGUGGAGUGGUGGAGCUGGCCAUUGUUGGGUGUGCCCAGAGAUUUGACGCCUCUGGAACACCUUGACACUCAUCUCAAGUUUGCUUGCUUUGUGUUUUUAAUGGGAUCUCUCCCGUUGGGUGGUGUCAGAAGCCAGACACCUUGGUUUGGGGUUAGAUUGAGCUGGGCAGCUGCAAUCAGCUUCUUUAUGCAAACUAGGCACGACCCUCUAGGGGCUCCUGGUUGAUGGCUAGUGAUGUGAGGGGAGGGAAAGGUGUCACCCCAAAGUACACCCUCCCGUUGGCUUUGGCCAGGCCAGACAGCGCCUAUGACAUGGUUCUUCGUGUAGAGUCUAUGUGUAUAUAAAGCAAGCUUUUCUGUGAAACUGUAUAUUUUGUAAAUAAAGAUACUGCUACUUUGA